AUGCCUCUGGGGAGGAAAUAUAAAAUAGAAAAAAGAGUUUCCCAGCAUAAAAAGAAAAUGAAAAAGAUAGCAAGGAAGUCAUCAUUUAUUAAGGGCAAGAAAGGGAAAACUAAAGAAUUAAAUAUACCAAAUUUGUGGCCAUUUAAAGAACAAAUGUUGAAUGAAAUGAACGAUUUGAAGGAAAGAAUGAAACAGGAAAAGGAAGAAAAAAAACUAUUAAUUAGAGAAAAGAAAAGGACUGAAUCUAUGGUGGAUAUAAGUGAGGAACAAAAUUCUACUGUAUCUAAAUUACCAACAAAUUUAUCUGAUUUUGUAGAAAAUGCACUUAGUCGCCAAAAUGCUUUUGAAGCAUCCAAAUCAGAAUUGGAAGAACUUAAUAUGAAGACUUUGGGUGAUCCAUCAUCAUCAGAUUCAUCUAGAAAAGCUUUUCUUAGAGAUUUAAGGAAGUUAAUUGACGAGUCAGAUGUAAUAUUGGAGAUUUUGGAUGCCAGAGAUCCAUUGGGAUUUAGAAAUAUUGAGUUAGAAAGAUCAAUUGUUGCACAAGGUAAAAAAUUAGUCUUAGUUUUAAGUAAGAUUGAUUUGGUACCAGGAGAUGUUGUCAAAGAGUGGUUGACUUAUUUAAGAAGAGAACAUCCAACUUUGGCAUUUAAAUCAGCAUUAAAUACUUCUACAGAACAUGGAGUAAAUCAUUCUAAAAAUAGUGGGUUAAAAAUAUCCAAUGAUUUUAUUAGAGCAGGAUCUGUUGCCUUUGGUGUUUCAGCAUUAAUGUCAUUAAUUAAAAAUUAUUCAAGGUGUAAUAAAAAUGCAAAGAAAUCCAUUACAAUUGGUAUUAUGGGUUAUCCUAAUGUUGGGAAAUCAUCCUUAAUUAAUUCUUUGAAAAGAGGAUAUUGUGUUAAGGUUGGAGCUGUUGCUGGAGUAACUAGACAUUUACAAAGAGUCGAUCUAGAUUCUACAACUAAGUUAAUUGAUAGUCCAGGUGUUGUAUUUAUUGGUAAUUCUCAAGAUCCUACACAAAUUUUGAGAAAUACUGUACAGUUAACAAAUGUUAAAGAUUAUUUCGAGCCAAUAUCACUACUUUUACAAAAGAUUGAUCAUGAGAUUCUACUUAAGCUAUAUAAAAUACCUAUGUUUACUAAUGUUUCUGAGUUUCUAACAAAUGUCUCAAUUUCAAGAGGUAAACUUAACAAGGGUGGUAUUCCUGAUAUUAACUCUGCAGCAAUGAUUGUUUUAACUGAUUGGUUCAAUGGUAAAAUUCCUUAUUAUAAUUUUCCCCCUCAAAGUAAUUCUGAUCAAGAUUUAUUAGAAAAAGAUUCUAUUACUGUUGUUUCUAAUUGGUCACAAGAAUUUAAUAUUGAUAGUAUAUAUGACGAACUAGAUUCACAAAUUAAAAGUUGA